UUUUCUUCAUUCUAACCUUCUUUCUUCCUCUAAAAAAAAGUCUCACAAAAAUGGCUUCCACAACUCUCUCCCACGCCAUGAAUCUUACGAUCCUCCUCGUGUUACUUACCUUCACAGUUUCACUAGCCUUAGACAUGUCGAUAAUCUCGUACGACAAAACUCACACCGAUAAAUCAAGCCACAGAACCGAAAAGGAAGUGUUGACCUUGUACGAGGAGUGGUUAGUUAAGCACGGUAAAGUUUACAACGGUUUAGGUGAGAAAGACAAGAGGUUUGACAUCUUCAAAGACAACCUUAAGUUCAUCGAUGAACAUAAUGUUCUGAAUUCAACCUAUAGGUUGGGUCUGACCCGGUUCGCUGAUCUAACCAAUGAAGAGUAUCGAGCCAAGUUUUUGGGAACUAGGGUCGAUCCGAACCGGAAGAUCCGUAAGGUGAAUUCACCGAGCAAUAGAUAUGCGCCACGUGUCGGCGAUAAGUUACCCGAGUCCGUUGAUUGGAGAAAGGAAGGUGCUGUUGCUGCAGUCAAAGACCAAGGAAGUUGCGGGAGUUGUUGGGCAUUCUCAGCAAUUGCUGCCGUGGAAGGAAUAAAUAAGAUAGUGACAGGAGAUUUGAUUUCACUAUCAGAACAAGAGCUGGUGGACUGUGAUACAUCAUACAAUGAAGGAUGCAAUGGUGGCCUUAUGGACUACGCCUUUGAUUUCAUCAUUGAUAAUGGUGGCAUUGACUCUGAUGAGGAUUAUCCCUACCUUGCUGUUGAUGGUAGAUGUGACCAAUACAGGAAAAAUGCUAAAGUUGUUUCAAUUGAUGAUUAUGAAGAUGUUCCUGGCUAUGAUGAAUUGGCCUUGCAAAAGGCUGUUGCAAAUCAGCCCAUCAGUGUUGCUAUUGAAGGAGGCGGUAGGGAAUUUCAGUUAUACGAAUAUGGUGUGUUUACAGGAAGAUGUGGAACAGCAUUAGACCAUGGUGUUGCAGCUGUAGGAUACGGUACUGAAAACGGUAAAGAUUAUUGGAUUGUGAGGAACUCAUGGGGUUCUAGCUGGGGAGAAGCCGGCUACAUCCGCCUCGAACGUAAUCUAGCUUCAAGCAGAUCAGGCAAAUGUGGAAUCGCGAUCGAGCCAUCUUAUCCAAUUAAGAAUGGACAGAAUCCUCCUAACCCUGGACCAUCACCUCCUUCACCUGUGAAGCCACCAUCUGUCUGUGACAGUUACUAUAGCUGUGCUGAAGGAACCACUUGUUGCUGUAUUUAUGAGUAUGGAAGGUCCUGCUUUGAAUGGGGAUGUUGUCCUCUUGAGUCCGCUACUUGUUGUGAAGAUCAUUACAGUUGCUGCCCUCAUGAGUAUCCAGUUUGUGACAUUUAUCAAGGACUUUGUCUUAAGGGCAAGAACAACCCAUUAGGAGUGAAGGCAUUCAAACGAACUCCUGCAAAGCGUCACUUUGCCUUUGGAGGUAAGAACAAGAUCAGCAGUGCUUAAAUCGUCGAAGCGAAAAUGUACGUGCUGACAGAGAAGAUGAGGAAUUCAGAGGAAGAAGAUGAAUGACUAAAACACUAGCUGAUGCCAUUUUCCUUUGCAUUUUGGACAAUGCACGUAACAUUAUAUUUGUUCUGUGUUUAUGUUACAAACAAAUACACUGUGUCAAAUCUCAGUCACACACAUUGACUGUGUACAUAACUAUGCACUGUAUUUCUAUUUCUAUUCAAAUUCCAAAUGAAGAACUUAAUUGAUUAUUACUGUACUUUUCAGCUUCUGUAAAUUAUGUGAUCAUUCAAUAAUUGGUGUAUUUAUCCGAUGUUCAUGUGUUA